AUGGAGAGCCUGGGUACGACUGUAGCUGCUUUCGCUGCCAAUCGUCUGCCAUCUGGCAUAAACGGGACCAAAACUGCUGUCGCAUCUGUCUCCAUCACUCAACAUGUGUGGUCGACAUCAUUGGUGUUCAUCGAGGAUCUUUUUCAGUUCAUAUACUCAGAACUCGGCAAUGAACCCAACGCGGAGUAUGAAGCAUAUCAGCGCGCAUGUCGCUCCGGUGAUCCUGGAACCGAGCGCAUUGAGAAGCUGAUCGGAGCUUUACAGAGCUUUGCCUCCGGUGCUUGCAAGUUCCUCAUUCUCGACGGAUACGAUCGCAUCAACGAAGCAUUACAGUCGAUUGUCGAUACACACUUAUCCGCUCUGGAACCCAGCGGCUUCAAGGUGAUGAUCACGCGAAGGGUUCCAGCGUUCUCUAUGUCCAUCAAUCCAUAUUGCGACGAAUGCAAGCAGGACUACCUGGAGCUCUGGUGGGAAUGUUCACAUUGCAACGAGUUCGAUCUGUGUUAUGACUGUGAAAAGAAGAAACAGCUGGAAGAACCUCACAUAUGCCCAGUGAAUGGUUUCAAAGAACCUUAUCAGCACGUCAGCAUUAAGUUGGGUCACUUCAACAUGGAGCGCUUGCUCGAAGAAAGACUGAGCAUGCACUAUCGCGAUAUUCACUCCGAGAACACGAUUCGCAUUAUUAAGUAUAUUGGCCCAAAAGCUGGUGGCAACGUAACACUCGCGUUGUUAUAUCUGGAAGACAUCUUUACCCGCGACCAGAUCGAUACCUUCAGCAUAGAUCGAGUUGACGACAGGCUGCCCAGGGACGUCAUUGCUUAUUUUGACACCGAGAUGAACUUCAUCGAACGCAAAAUGGAACCCGAGCGCCUGCCUCCGAUAUAUGCAAUUGGUGCCGCUGCAGAUCAUUCGCAUGGAAUUUCUCUGGAAGCUCUAGAACAGUGUAUACGCCUUGCCCAGAUCACUUGUUCAAGUUUAGAUUAUCCCAGGUCUGUUGAAGACGUCUUCACCGCAGCAAAUGGAUGGCUUACAGAUCCACGCACUGGAGACCGAAAGGUGGAUAUAUGCUGCAAACCCGCCUUCUCUACAUACGUGAAAGAGAAGUACAAUGAUUCGCUAGAACGGGCGAGGCACCAUGUCAAAUUCACGGCAGGAGAAAGGUCUGGUGCUACUCCAUUACAUCAGUUCCACGAGACAUCCUCAUCGGACGAGACACCUGAUCUCUUAGGAAGCACAUUCGACACAUUAGCAAGUGACAGGCCUCCCCCGACACCGCUCAUGAGUCUCGAAGAUGGCCUUCGUAUCCGUGAGCUGGAAGGCACCUUUGGCCAGGCAUCAUUCCUCGACAAGGGCGAAGGCUUAGUUCAAUCGCCGCCUAGAAUCAACAGCGCUGAAUAUGUACCGAAAGCGUCUCAGGGCAUAUCCCCGCGCCAUAAGCCUGAAGGAAAAGUCACGCAACCAAAGCCAGCUCCAGCGCAGUUGCCAGUGAGACUGUGCGACUUUUGCGUCAGCAAUGUAUUGGAGUGCGAUGCAUCCUCCGGGCAACAUCGUCUCUCAAUGAGUGGUACACAAGAUUCUUUGUACCAAUGCACAAUUUGCAGUUCGCUCUACGCCAACAUGGAGGACUUCACAUUGAACGCCGAAAACUGGCCGUUGUAUCACUGGACUCUGCGAGCACUACCACGCGGCAGAGAGUUACAAGGAUCGAUGAUGUUACGGUUUCGGUCUUCUCACCCGAACCUCCCAACCAAGGCUUUCCGGUUACUACCAAGAACCGAUCUGUAUGUGUCUAAAAUGGAGGAUUUACAAGAAACGACAGAUCCGGAACUCAGUGGCGGGGUUCAAAUAAAGACAUGGAUGGACACUUGUAUGCGCGAUCAUCAAAACUGCAGCAAAUCCUGGCACGACCAGCGAUCCAAGCUCUCCUUCCUACCGACACGACUUCUGGAUGUUGACACUGGAGAUGACAACAUCAUCCGCUUAAUUGAUAUCAAAACAACGAAAAUCAAGGGCCCUUACUGCACGUUGAGCCACGCGUGGGGACCACGAGAGAAGUCAUUCCUCACUACGACCGUGUGGAACAUGGCGAAGCAUCUGAUCACAGGUAUCUCCCUGGAUGAGCUUCCAGACAACUUCCGAGAAGCGAUACAGGUGACCCGCUUCUUGAAGGUGCGGUACAUCUGGAUCGAUAGUCUUGCAAUCGUUCAGGAACCUUUCGGCGACUUUGCAAAAGAGGCCGAUCUCAUGCAUAGGGUGUAUCGGUACUCGCAUUGUAACAUCGUUGCAGCAGACUCAAAGGAUGCAUACGGCGGCCUUUUCAGGGAACGUAUACCUCGCCAAAUCCUUCCGGUACAAUACCAAGGUACAGAUGCGCGUCACCAUUUGGGGGAGAAGGCCUGGACGAUUGUUCCGGCGGAUCUCUGGGAGAAGGAACUUCUGAGCUCCUCCAUAUAUGGCCGUGCAUGGGUCUUCCAAGGCGACAAGACGAUCGCAAUCUGGAGUAUCGCAAAACUGUUACGCGAUUUUAUGAGCGAGCAAUACGCUGUGGGUAUGUGGUCUGGAGCGCUCGAGGAGCAACUGACUUGGAGAGUGCGAGAUACAAAAUCGUGUAAGAGGAUAUCGGAGCUCGAUGUCAAUAUCCCCAGCUGGUCAUGGGCAAGUAUCAAAGGUGCUGUUGUGCCUCAACACCGACUGGCCAUACGAUCAUACAAAAUUACAGAUCAUGAUGAAGCUGUCGUUAGGUUUGCGGUCAAAGAAGAGACCAGACAAGGCGACAAGGAACCCAUAUUAGAGAGCAGAACACUGGCACUGAAGGCCCACAUCAACUUUGGGCGACUCGUCAGAGGGCAAGAAGACCAAUACCGUCUCCAUUUCCCGAGCAAGAUCUCUACCGACACCGUUGAAGUAGAUGUCUUCCUCGACACUCCACGAGCGACUACAUGCAUCGACCCAAAACACUGCGCAUUUGUCAUCCUCGCCGCAUCCGCCACUCCAAACACCACCAACACCCCCCAAGCGCGCCAGACGUACUCCGGCGUAGGUCUCCUCCUCAUCCCACACUCUACCUGGUUCGCCGAGCAGGAAAAGCUGUACCAAGAAUACAAAAACGCACUAGCAGGCGUAGAGCCGUCUCGAGAACAAAGAUGGCGCCUAGAUGCCUUCGAGAAACUCAUGUUGCAGCCGCCAGAGCGAGUCAUGAAGAUGGGAGGAAAUAUUGGAAGCGUGUAUCGGCGGAUGGGAGCGCUGCAGUUUCGCGAUAUGGAUGAGCGGGCUUUCAAUGAGAUGACGGAUGCCAGGCAUCGGGAGGAUAUCUGGUUGGAGUGA